AUGGGAAACUUCUCUUUCUCUCUGAUUCGCUUUCUUGCUCUGCAUUUUCUUCCCAAUUCUAUACACCAAAGUAGUUGUGCCUUUCAGAGUGAGAUACCAACAGAAAGCAAUCAUUUCCACAUUGUUGAAAUCAGCUCUUUACUGACAGACUCAAAUUGCAGCCAUUCUGCCACAGUCUCAUCCAAAGAGGAGGGUCUGAAAUUGUUCCACAAAUAUGGACCCUGCUCUCCAAGCAAGCAUGGGAAAGCAAAUGCUCCUUCUGUACGUCAAAUCCUUGAAGGAGACCAAACAAGAGUAAACUCCAAGCUGCAGUCCAAGCUCUGUGGCAAGAACAAUGUUAAAGUAAAGUGGGAUAGUAGCAUUACUCUUCAAUACGUUGUGAAUGUGGGUCUGGGAACACCUAAAAAGGAGUUGACGCUUGUGAUGGAUACAGGAAGUAGUCUCAUAUGGACUCAAUGCCAACCUUGGAGUUCAAGUUGCUCUUCAACCUCAACAUGCUUGUACGGCGGAGCUUAUGUAGAUGGAUCAUCACUCGUUGGAUUUCUUGCUAAAGAAAGGCUAAGUGUAGGAUCCGAUACUUUCAAUGACACAAUAUUUGGGUGUGCUGAAUUCGCUAAUGUCAGCAUGGAAGGCAUUGAUGGCAUACUUGGGCUCGACCAGGGUUUUUUAUCAUUUGUGGAACAAACAGCCAACACAUAUCAGAGAGUUUUUUCAUACUGUUUACCAUCAAAAGCAAGUGAGAUUGGUUUUCUCAAAUUUGGUAAGGCUAAACCAGUUUCAAAAUCCUUGAAUUUCACACAGCUAGGAGCAGGUUAUGCCGUUAAUCUUGUUGGAAUAAAACUUGGCAACACCAAACUUCCCAUUGCUUUCAAGAAUGGUACUGCAAGCAUUGAUUCUGGUACUAUUAUUACAAGGUUACCUCCCAAGGAUUAUAUUACUUUGCGAGAAGCUUACAGAAAAGUCAUGUCACAUUAUCAGUUGACAAAACCGUUUGGAGCUUUCGACACUUGUUAUGAUGUUGGUAGUCUUCUUAAACUUAAAAUUCCGAAAAUGAGCUUCUUGUUUGCAGAUGGUUUUGUUUUAGAUCUACCGCCCACUGGUAUAGCUUUUCCACUCAACUCCACCCUUGUUUGUUUGCCUUUUGCACCAUAUCCGGGAGGUGAUGAUCUUGUACUUUUUGGAAACGUUCAACAGAAAACGUUAGAGAUAGUGUAUGAUGUAGCAGGAGGUAAAAUUGGAUUUGGUUAUGGUGGUUGCAAAUAG